AUGGAAUUCCCUUUAUUUGAUGCAGAAGAAAAUGGCGAUAGCAACUCAGAAGAACUUCAAAUUAUUUUGAAUGAAAAUAUUGAAUCAAAUUAAGAAAAAGUAUCAAGAGGAUCUUCUACGUCUUUAAUGCACAGAAAGAAAAAUAUUUAAAAGAAAAAGAAGAAUGCUAUGAAUUGCACUGACUUAGUUUGUAAAGAAUAUUUGAUGUAAAAUGUUUCUCAAAUCAGAUGGAAAACUGUCAAGAAUUACAAUAUCUUUUUCCUAUCCUUUGAUUUCAUCUUUGAUUUAGAUGGUUAAGGUAAAUUAGAUGACUCUGACUACUGGUCAGAAAGAUCUAAUUUUUUGUAGAAUUACAGACCUACAUGUAAAAUUUAAAGAUUCGAUUAGUAUUCUGUAUAUUAUAUCAAUAAUUCUAUUACUGGAAUAACUGACUACAGUGUACCAAUUAAAAUACUUGAAAAAAUUAAUAAUUAAUUUGCAUUUAAAAUGAUUAAUGCACUCAAAUAUACUUAGUAACAAUUUUAACAACUUGAUAUGCUAAAUACAAAACUUAAAAGUAUAUUUUCAGCGAGCUAUCUAAAAGAAAAAUUAGAUUCUAAUUUUGAAAAGUCGUUUAGUAUGGCAUAGGAUAUUGCUAAGUAAUUAAUAGCUAAUAAUAAUGAAUAUUUUGUUUUAAUUGUACUUAGAAUGUGCCCAGAGACUCUGACUUACAAAGCAUAGAUGAUUAUAAAAUCCUUAAAAUUAUUAAAGUUAACUUCUUUGGAUAAUAUUAACUUAUUAGAUAGACUUGCGCUCAAGUAGAGAUUACCCUAUUUAAUUGAUCCUUAAACAUAAUUAGAUUUAUGUGUAAACUUUAUGUACGAUGACUAUGUCUACGAAAGCACUCUUUUAACGAUAAACGAGGAUAUUAUCCCUUGCUUAUUAGAAACGAAAAAGGCUUAUUUGUCAUCCUGCGAAAUAAGUAAAGGCAUUUUCUUACCUGAUAUUUGUAUUAUUGAAAAAUUCACAAUAAACCCAAAUAUUAUAAAUGCUCUACUUUCUGAAAAUUAUAAAAAAAAUUAAAAGUAUUUAAUAUAUGACUUAGAAGAAUGUAACGAGCAAGCGAAUUAAUUUAUAAACAAAUAUUAUACAUAAAAUAUAUGA